AAAUAUAAUAUUUAAAAAUUAUUUAAAUAAUAUAAUUUAGUAUGAGUUCAACUUUGUACAGCAAAUACAUAAAGUGAUAGUAUUUUCUAGGUUUUCGGAGUUUGAUAAAUCCUUGAAUAAAUUAUUCUUACUUACGUCUAUAAUUUUUAUAACAAACUAUAAAUUAUGGAAAAAGAUAACUCAAAACAAGAUUCCAAUCCCAGAAUACCAUCUGCUAUUUUUGUGGAUGAUGUUGAUAAGUUUAUGGAAAAAUCUGAAAAUAGUAGUGUUGAAGAAGUUCUCAAACGUUUGGAUGAACAACACAGCAAAUACAAGUUUUUUGAGUACAACUUGAUUACUAAAAGAAAAAGGUUACAAUUACAACUUCCUGAUUUAGAAAAUACAUUAGGAAUGAUUAAAACUAUGAAACUGCAUAAAGGACAACAAUUGAAAACAGAUUUUUUACUAUCUGAUGAUGUAUAUACUAAAGCACAUAUACAGGCUACUGAUAAUGUUUAUCUUUGGCUUGGUGCAAAUGUUAUGCUAGAGUACAAUCUAAAUGAUGCUACUGAACUAAUUUCAAGAAACAUACAACUAGCCACAGACAAUAUGAAACAAGUUGAUGAUGAUCUUGAUUUUCUUAGAGAUCAAUUUACUACUACAGAAGUUAAUAUGGCCCGUGUUUAUAACUGGGAUGUGAAAAAAAGGCAAGCUGCCAAAAUUAAACAAUAAGCAAAAAUAAUUUUUGUGAUAACCAAAAAUAAUAAAGUAACCUUAUUUUCUAGCAGUUGUAAUAUUAAUAUUAAUACAAACUUUUAAUGUGAUUAACACAUGAUUUUUUAAAAAUUUGUUGAUUAAAAAUUAUUUAAUAACUA